AUGCACCUAACUAACGAGGAUCUUAGAGCAGAUAGAACUGAAAUGCAACAACUCUUGAAACUGUUGGAUGAUAAUAGUUAUGUGUCUAGGUACCGAACGUGCAAAAAUGGAGUUACUGUUGAAGAUAUAUUUUGGACUCAUCCUGAUUCCAUAAAAUUGUUCAACACAUUUCCUACUAUGCUCACACUUGAUUCUACCUACAAGACCAGCAAGUAUAGACUUUCAUUGUUAGAGAUGAUUGGUGUUACCUCAACUGAAAAGAUAUAUUUUAUUGGGUUUGCAUUUCUUGGGUGUGAAAAAAAAGGACAGUUUUACUUGGGCCUUAGAUGUGUGUCAGACAUUGUUGAAGGACCAAGGAAAGUGUGUGAAAACUAUCCUGAUUUGUUGAAAUAUGUUGAAAGCACAAUUCUUGACCAGUUGGGAAAUAGUAAGGGUGGUUUGUGUAGAGAUUGGGACUUUGGAAACCAUAUGAUUCAAAACCAACAUAAUGAGAUACACAUAUCAUUUGGUCGGAGCAUCACAGUCUUGGAACACAGAUUUAAAGACAACACUCUUUAUUCUCAAUUGGUGAAACUUGGUGAUUCAAUAAGAAUGAGUGAGGUUUGCACUCAUUGGAAGAGACUUAGGUUUGAUGAGGAUGGUGUCAUGAAUGAAGAUAAAUCGAAUAUAAUUAUUUUGACCGAAUGGGAAGUGAUACAAGAGAGAUUUUUGGAAGCCAAUGACAACAUUAAAAUCCACAUCGAAAAACAAUUGAGGAAGAUUGUCUAUCUGGAAACCACCGACAUGAAACCGCUCUCUCAACCAGUAAAAACAAAAGGUGCUCCGAAGAAAAUGAAGUCUACAUCGAAUGACAAUUCAACUACACAGUCACCUUCAUAUUUUGAGCAUGUUGAAAAAGUUUUUUCCGACUCACCAACUCCAAAAUCUAAAAAAAAAAGUGUUGUCAAAGGAAUUCGCAUUAGCAAACCACCUCAUACGUUGCUUCCACCAAAGAUUAUAUUCAUUGACGAGAUGUCUAUUUUUAUGCACAAAUACAUCGAGUGA